UUGGAUUGCACAAGCAAUACAUGUGCAUGUUUCCAUUGGCUUUUUCUUUAUAUAAUUAAUAAAGCACUCUUAGCUCAAACUUUAUUACUGCUUGGUAGCCAUUGAUCUGUCAAGAGCUUUAUAGCCCAAAUGACAUUUCUUUGUACUUUUAAUGGAAACAUCAAAAGUUCAAAUCACUCUGAGCCCUAUUGUAACUAUCAAAUUAUAAAUAAAUAAAUAGAGAUCAAUCCCACAUUGUUAGAUUAAUUAAAACAUCAUCUCAUUUUUCUCUUUUCCCACCCAACUAUAAAAUAAAGGAUUUAUUAUAGUGACUGUUGUGACAACACACAUUCACCUUAGUAUGAAGAUUUUAUGGUUAGAGUGGAUUUGCUACACUUUCUUUUUGAAGUGGGGCUUCAAUUUCCAAACUCUAUCCUAAUAUUUCCUAAAGCUUUUUAUCAAUGUUGCUACUGAACUGAUAUAACAUCUGCAAAAAGUAUUCCACUAUAAUUUGCUACACUUAAGCUGAACUUAUUCUAUUGCUAGUUCUGUCGUUUACUAAUUUUGAACUAAAAUGUAUUGCUAGUGUAUUACAUGUGACAUAGUUUUACCUAUAACAGAGGUCCUCAGUUUGUCUAAUAUGUUAGAUUGUUUAAUGCAUGCAUAUAAGCUAUAUAUAUAUAUAUAUAUGUAUAUAUUUUAACCGUUCUUCUAUUAUUCUAAAAUAUUUAUUACAUAAGACCUUUUUAUUUUUAUUUUUUUUAUGUCUAAGAUUAAGUUCAUCCGGUACAUACUAAGAAAAAGAAAUUCUUUAUAUUUGCAUUUAGCUACUUUCCAUUGCUUCAAUAUAAACAUGACCCCCUCUUCAAGUGUAGCUCUUCUUCCCUCUGGAUAGUUCCACAAUUCUGAUAUUAUUUACCGCCCACUAGGAUUGUAUUCAUUUAUCUCCAUUAAAGCUGCUGUCACAGCAUUGUAAACUUCAUCACCCAAUUCUUUCCUCCGAUCAUUCAAUUUCUCAUGUUCUUCAUCCAUAACUUGCUGAUGGUUCCCAACAACUGUAAUAACUUUCAAAGGAUGCCAGUCAGGGUCCUUUAGAUAUUCCUCCCACAAUGAGCAUAGCUCUGAAGCUCUGUCUUCUGCUUCUUCCUCAUUAUACUUUCUUCGCAUUGCUUCAUGGAAUGGUUUACUGUCAAGUUCUCCCACUCUCUUAACGCCAAUAUGAGCACGGCUAGCUAAGUCUUUCAGGUCAUUAACUAAUUCAUUUUGAGCUUCUUGCAGCUCAUCAUUGCUCUUGCGCUCCUUCACUAUUAAUGUUUGGUUCAAAGCUUCUAAAUCUUCAAGUUCUCCUUUUUCUCGCACGGUAUAGUUUUUCUCAUACUGUAGCUUUUUGGAACUACUAAUAAAAAAAGUGAAUUCAUUCUAAUUGUUAAAAUUUUCUUCUCAAAGUCUUGUGUAUCACUCUUCUUCAUAGAGGAGGCGAGUUCUCCAUGACCCACAGUCCUUUGUUUGUAAGCUGCAAUGGAACACCAUCUCCUUUUUGGUUGUGUCACCACUUCCAGUUUCUGCACCCUUUCUAGAACUGAUUUUUACCUUUAACAUAAUUGUUCUUGUUUAUUGAUUCCAUUAAAACCAGGAGUGUUGGUGAUUUAAAUCCAAUCAAUUGUUUUAGUAAAUUUUGUGCCACCAAAAGAAAUUUAACAUAGAAGAUACCUCAGGCCCCUAGGCUAUACUAUAUGAUGAGAAUUAGUAUACUAAUAAUACUAAGGCUUACUCACCAGCUCCAAAACAGAAUCUUGCAUCAUAAUAACGAGUAUAGUACUAUUCAAAUAAUAUUAUCAGUUUAUCUUCCAUGCAUAGAAUAUCCCUAUAGUUUCCAUGAUGAGAAUGACACUUUUUUCUCUAUCAAUUUAAUUUAUGAAUGAUCAGCAUUUUGGUCAUGGGUUUAGUGAGAUGUUAUAAUUAUUAAAACCAAUUGGCACUAGGCACCGUUAAAGACCUCUCUCUCUCUCUCUCUCUCUCAUGUCUAAUCCAAAUUAAUGUCUUAACAUAGGUGUCUCAACUCUAAAGCACAUUAUAAUUAAUAAGGCUAUAGGACCAUCAGUCCUAUAGUCACAGGUUUUAGGCCACAUUCUGAACCGCAGCCUAAAAAAACGCGGCUAUAAGCUAUAGCCACGUUUUUUUGGCAUAUAGCCGCGUUUUUAAAACGCGGCCAGAGGACCUUUUUUUUGUAGUGAUCAUCUUGUUGGACUAGUUACCAGAUGUUAUGCUUUUGCCUAGUCUGGCUUUGUUUUUAAUAAAUUGUUUCUUGUAUGCUUGUAGCUAUGCCAUGAGUCUAUGACUCUGCAUGGUAAACUAAGUGUUGUAUUUUAUGUGUGUACAGCAGUGUACUGUGUAGUCAGUACCAUAUAUUUUAUGUGUGUAUGAUUUUGCCUAGUUUACCUUAUGAUCAUUGUAAGUUGUUUCAAUGUUAAAUUAGUGUUCUUAAUGCUUAUUUCCAUGCAAUGACUAAAAAAAAGUGGUCAAUCGUCUAGAGAAGAAAGGGAAAGGAAAUUUUUGCUGAGUUUCCACUGAUUGUGAGUAAUGGGGAGUCACAAGAACUGUGGUACAAUUAACCAAUCUUUUUAUAAUUUUUUUUUAAAGAAAAAAAAAAAACCUUCUUAUUAAAUAAGAUUUCUACUUAAAAGUAGAAAGAGACAAGACAUGAAGAACUAAAGAAUGGUCUUUGUUAGAAUUGAGAAUGAAUUUAUUGUAUAUUGAUGUGUAUAAAAAUUUAGGUAAAAAUACACAUUUUAGCCGGCUAACUAUGCCCAAAAAUUAUUUUGGUCCUUUAAGUUUGAAUUUGAUCAUUUUAGUCUUGUAAUUUUGCCCAAAAAUUAUUUGUCAUUUAAGUCUCAAGUUUUUGAUCAUGUUAUUCUAGUAACCUUGUCAAAAAUCAUUUUAUUUCUCUAAAGAAUCAUUUAGUCUGGUAACCUUGCCAAAAAUCACCCAAAAUAACCAACUUCAAUCAUAAAGGACUAAAAUGAUUUUUGGACAAAUAAGAAUACAAUAGCUAUGAGUUUUAUAACUCAAUUGGUAAAUUCUGAUGUUUCCAACUGAAAUGUUUAGAGUUCUAAUUCCCUCAAAUCCUUCAUUAUACCUAUUGAAUUGUAAUUUCUUUUAAGUGCAAUAAAAUGGGCUUGUAUGCUAACAAUACUGAAUAUGAAAAUGUUAAAGAAACUUUGGGUAAUUGUAAAAAUCUUUUGUAAAGAUGAACUUUCAGUUUAAUAAAGAAAUGUAGUCAUUGGUAACCUCGAAAAGAUAAAAUUUAUGCUGCUUUGUGAAUCAUAGAUAAGAUGCCAAGUGCAAAAAUUAUUAGAUAACUUUGAAGUAUUCUACAAUAAUUUAGUAUUUUAGGUGCAAAAUCACACCAACUUUAUAUCAGUAACGAAAUUAUCCUUUUUUUUUUUUUAGUCUAUUUAUUGUUUUACACUACCAAACGUACAAUAUGGAAGUUCAUAAAAUGUCCACACCUUCACAUUAAGAAUUCACAUUUUACCCCAUGACAUGAAAGAUUGUGAAAACUGUUAUAUCAUAUAUGUGAAACAGUCAAAACCCUUUCUUCAAUCCCUUUUCUCCAAGCUUUAGGCAGAAAAAUCAAAAUAUCUGAAGUGUUGAGUUGACGUGAGUGAUACGUAGGAAAUACAUAGAUGAAUAAAAGCCAAAACUCAACUCUUGAAAACUUCUUCGUACGUAAGAUAUAUACCAUGACAAUUCAACCCAAAAUCAUUUGUAUAAAUUAAUAUCCAAAUGACGUAAUUGUUUUCAAGUCAUGGCCAUUUUCUAGUCUAUUGCAACUUGCAACCAAAACAAAAAGAUUGCCUUAAUUUCCCACAAGCUGCAAAGUGAUCAUCAAUGGAGAAGCAAGAAGCUAAAAGGCUUGGCCACCGGUUGGUGCUUGUAGUAUAUCCAUUCCAAAGCCACAUAAAUCCCAUGCUUCAACUUGCCACAAUCCUAUACUCCAAGGGCUUUUCAAUCACCAUAGCACACCCUCAAUUCAACUCUCCCAACCAUGAAAAUCAUCUUGAAUGUCACUUUGUAUCAAUACCAGAUGGCUUGUCUAAAACCAAUUUCUCACCUUCCAAUUUCAUGGCCGCGAUAUCGGCUCUUAAUAGUAAUUGUGAAGCUCCAUUUCAGCAAUACAUGGAGGAGAUGAUGAAAGUAGAGGAUCCACAUGAUCAGGUUGCCGGUGUUGUUUAUGAAGGGUUCAUGCACUUUGCUCAAGCUGUGGCUAACAAUUUGAAACUUCCUGGGAUUAAUGUGCGUACAAGUGCAGCUGCCACCUUGCUUUUGUUUGCAGUCUUUCCCGAUGCUCAUCAUGAGAAAGGCUAUAUUUCCUUUCCAGAAAGUCUGUCUCAAGCCCCAGUGCCUGAGCUUCAGUCCCUUGAUCUUAAGGGCAUACUAGGAUCCACAGAAAUCCCAACUCCCAUAUUGGAGCUGAGAGCCACAGUGACAGAUGCAACAAAAAAAGCCUCAGCAAUGAUAGUGAACACGGUGCACUUCCUUGAACAACAAACACUGACAAAGGUUCAAGAACAUUUCCCAUCUCCAGUUUUUUCCUUAGGCCCUUUCCAUAAACUAGCUCCAUCUGCCUCUAGUUCACUGCUGAAGGAAGACACUACUUGCAUUUCCUGGCUUGACAAACAAGCCCCCAAGUCUGUCAUUUAUAUAAGCUUUGGCAGCAUGGUAAGCAUGGAUGAGAAAGAGCUGGUAGAGAUAGCUUGGGGCUUAGCCAACAGUGAGCAACCUUUCUUGUGGGUGGUUAGACCUGGUUCAGUUCGCGGGUUGGAAUGGAUUGAGCUAUUGCCAGAAAGUUUUAAAGAAAGAGUAGAAGGAAGAGGUUGCAUUGUGAAAUGGACACCCCAAAAGGAAGUUUUGGCACAUGGUGCAGUAGGAGGGUUUUGGAGCCAUUGUGGUUGGAAUUCAACACUGGAAAGUGUUUGUGAAGGAGUUCCAAUGCUAUGUCGACCCUAUUUUGGGGACCAAGGUUUGAGUGCAAAAUAUGUGUGUAGUGUAUGGAAGGUAGUCUUGGAAUUGGAGGGUGUUUUGGAGAGAGGGAAAAUAGAAAGAGCUAUAAGAAGACUAAUGGUGGAAACUGAAGGGGUGGAGAUAAGACAGAGAGCAAAGGAUUUAAAGCACAAAGCUGAGCUUUGCCUGAGUGAGGAUGGUUCAACAUACAAUGCCUUGAAUGAAUUGGCACAGCAUAUAUUGCCAUUCGGAUGAGGCCAAAUUGCAACUCAAAUUGAUAUGUAUUAUGUACACUCACAUUUUCUUUUUUAAUUAUUUGCAUAAUGCGGCCUCUUAAGCUUGCAUUUGAAACUAUGAUUGCAGAGUGUGGUAGUAAUUGAUACUUUGAUAACUUCAUGAUCUGAAAAUGCUUAAAGAUACUUCAUGGAUCA